AUGAGUAGCUCCACUCGAGGCCUCAACAACAGCGGCAAUAACAGCGGCGGGGGGCAGCAGCUCCAGAAGCGCCGCAUCAGUCUUAAUCCAAAGGUACACGAGCACAUCCCACCAGAAUACAUGCCGAACUUGGCUAAAUAUAAGUACUCGGGAUCCGAUUCCAGCAUUGUUGGACGUUACAUUAUGCAGCCGUACUGGAGUUUCAUUGUGAGUCUUGUGCCAAUGACAGUGGCACCCAAUGCGAUAACACUCACGGGAUUUUUGAUUGGUGUUUCAUCGACGAUUGUGACCAUGUUCUUCUACUAUUUUAAUGAAGCUAUCUAUCCAGCGUGGGUGUGGUACUACGCAGCCUUUGCUCUGUUUACGUACCAAACAUUGGACGCUAUCGACGGUAGGCAGGCACGCCGAACCCAAACUGUGAGUCCACUUGGUGAGCUGUUUGAUCAUGGAUGCGACGCAUUUUUAACACCAUUAGUUCAGGUUAACCUGUGCUGUGCACUAAAUCUACCACCAUGUUUAGCCUUUUUUUACUGCGCGAUGUCAUCUUGUGUGCUGUUUUCCUCAAUAUGGGAGCAGUUCAGCACGGGUACACUGGAUCUUGGCUACAUGAAUGGCCCAACCGACGGCAUUCUUAUAGCCUGCACCCUUUUUCUUAUCACUGGUAUGUAUUCCCCAGCUGUUUGGGAUACUGAUGUAAUUACCCCGUAUGAGGUACCGCUGCCCUCUUAUUUGGGAUGGGGACCAGUGGUCAUUUCAUCGAUUCGCAGCAUUCUCUUCUUGUACGUUCUUAUUGGUGGAUUUGUUACCAUAGCAACGAACAUUAUUCACGUGGUGCGAAGACCCAGCGUUCAUGCAGGAGGAUUGUCAUUUGUUGUGGCACUCCCUAUGCUCCUUAUGCUGUUCCUCCACGUGUGCUUGUACUUGACAUAUGUCCACAUACAAGGGAGAUACCCAUUCGCAUUUGAGCUGAGUUUUGGCUUCUUAACGUCAUAUACGGUUACCCGAAUGACGGUGGCAAGACUGUGUGCAAUGCCGUACAAUCUUUUCAAUGCGUUCUACUUGAUUUCAUUGUGCGUUACUUUGGGGGCUCUUGUCAUCCAUGCGUACUUUGGCUGGAUCGAGACCAAGUAUCUGGAGCCGUCGCUCGGCUCGGCCAUGGUUGCGUUGGCCGCUCUGGGGGUUUGGCAAUACCUGCAUAUGAUCCUGUCGCUCUUCACGCAGAUCUCGUAUUACUUCCAAAUCCCCAUACUCUCUAUUGCCCCUCGGAAAGAGACAGACACCAAGAAGGACUGA